CCUGUUUCCGAUUCUGUGUCUCCCUCUCUCUCUCUGCCCCUCCCCCGUUCAUGCUCUGUCUCUCUCUGUCCCAAAAAUAAAUAAAAAACGUUGAAAAAAAAAAUUAAAACAAAAAGGAGCAUCGACGUAAUUGGAAAGUGAGACAGCACAGGCAAAAAAUACGGACAGUUCUGAGUACGUAUAUGGGCUUUUGCGUAACUGACCUUGCAAAUCGACCAGCUUAUAGUUGAGGUAACUUUUGUGACCUCCAGAUGAAACAUACUCGUGGGUUUUAGAGUCCGGAGACCCCAGGAAUACAGUGUGAAACUGACAACCCGAUCCCAGGAUUCUGGUCCUCCUGUUUUCCUGUUUCACGCGUAGCUACAGCCCCACUGUUGGGUUCUGGGCCCAGCACGCAAAAUCCCACGCAGAUGACCAAGUUACAGCUGGCUGUUACUUCUUGACUCUAGUUGCUUUUCUGUCGCGUCCCCGAUUCUGGAGGGAAGUUUGGCUGGCUGUCCUAGUGUGGUUUUCCUUCCUGGUAACUGUCACCGGCGGCUCGAUUCAACCACACAGACUGUAACGGAUUCUGUAACAGCCGGCGGGCCGCGACAGUGCAGGUGACGCGCGCUGCUCUCCCACGGUCCCCGCCAGGCCAGGCCACUCUUUCCAGCCUCCAGUUUCCCAGGGGCCGAAGGGUUCGAGUAGAAGAGGUGGCUGGCAGGGAGCAGGGAUGCUGUCAUCUGGAUGCUUGAGCGGAGUCUGAAGAGCAGAGUCCUGUGGGGGACACUCACUCCUCUGCCGCUCCGGGGCCAGCAGCCCACCACCAAGUACCGGAAGUCAUCGCCCCCGGCAGGGGUGCUUACCGGGCCUUUGAGGAAAGACGGGAGAGGAGCGCUCUUCUGACCUGGGCAGGUGACGCGAUGGCAGGCGCCCGGCACUCACUUUCUCCUCAGAGGUCAGGCAGAGACUUCCAGCUUCCCAAGUCCGCAUGCUUCUGGGCUGGGACAGGAUGUGGGGGUUCUGGAGAAUCCCAGGGACAGUCUCAUCCGAUGUGUGCAGCGGUCUGAUGAAUCUCACUGUCUCUUCUUGGAGGAAAAUGCCCAAUCUCUGCUACUAUGGAUGUGGGCGUGGCUAAUAGCCCCUCACCCUUGCCCAGGACUUUCCUUCCCUUCCUCAAGGUGCUGGCUCAGAUGUGGUGUGUCUGGAAUUCUGUUGCUGGGAUUGUCUCCUCUCCUCCAUCCCACUCAGCCCCCAGUUCCUAGCAGAAGGGAAAUGGUGACAGAAGCCACACAGGCAGGCGAUUAUGGGAUCGCCAGCUCCGCCUGCUCACCUGCGACUGUCCUGCGGGACUUAGGAAUUAGGACCCCGUCACGGAUGCCACUGCAGCCACUGGGCAUCUGGGACCCAUACUCCAGUCUCGGGAGGAUCCAGUUUGCUGCUUUUCCUGUGUGUCACCUUCCCCUCCGAGUCCUCCUGUGCCUCCGUCCUCUCCUGUUUUCACUGUGUCUGCCUGCCCUCCAACCCGGGCUCUCCCGGCGGGACGCUGUCCACCCGCUGCACCACUAACCUACCCGGUCCCGCAUCCACCUAGAAAUACAGAAACUUGGAAUAAAACACCCAGGCGCGUUCAGCACCUGCGGCAGAGAUUUAUGACCUAACCUGCCUCAAACAUCCCGACCCCUGAGCAGCGGGCAGCGGGAGGCUAACCUUGAGGCCCUGGCAGGACGGGGAGAACGUUUGAGAGAACGAAGCCUGUCUUGAAGCCGCGUUUGCACAUUUUGUGGAGAACACGUAUGUAGAUGUGGUUUUCGGUUGCAGGUGGAGAUUAUGGGACCUCAGCCCCCUUCUCCACCCCCAGCUGUGGGGAGACUGGCUCUGGCCACCGACCGAGUUCCGCUCUUGCCUGGUGCCCUGACACGGGGGCAGGAGGGACAGGGACGCGGCCAGUGCCCUCACGGCCGGGAGGUGCUGCUGGGGUGGGGGUGGGGGGGCGGCCACUGGCACAGCGCACUUGGAGUUCACCCACACUUGAAUGCUUUCGGCUGACCUGGGCCAUAGCCGCACAACCUGGUCCCGUCCCCGGUUAGGCCUGAAAGCACCUCCCGUGGAAGAGUGUUUCCUGGGGGAUAAUUCUCCUUGAGUGGUGCCUUGACUUGUGAUGCGUCGCCGUGUGACGUCGUCACUCAUCUGAACGUCGGAGGGACGUCUCCAGGUCUCCUCCUCGAAUAUGGGAUGACAGUCACGAUGUGUCACUCGCUUGAACCACCGUUACAGCAGGCGCCGAUGACCCGCCGGCUCGGUGGCACCAUGCCCUUCCCGCCCACGCCGACCCCGGGGGCCCCCGCCGCGCGCCCCCCGCCCCGCAGGCCCGGCGCCCCGCGCAGGGCAGCGCCCGCCCGCGCCCCGCCCGCGCCCGCGCCGCCCGCCGCCGCGGACAGGAGGAGGCCCCCCGAGGGCGCGCUGUCCGGCUCCUGGCCCCCCGCCGCCCUGAAGCGGUCGCCGGCCCGGCGCGGCCCGGGCCCCGGCCCCCCGCGCGCCCCCGCCCGGCCCGCCCGCUCCGGCCACAGCCCCGCGGGGGACGCGGCCCCGGGGACAGGACCCGCCGCCGCCGCCGCCGCCGCGCCCUUCUCGCCCGGCCUGCCCCCCGAGGCCGUCCUGCUGCUCCAGGGGCGCCACCUGCAGAGGCGGCUGCCCGCGCGGCCCUGCCGCCCGCCGCCCUCGCCCUCUCCCGCGGGUCCCGGCCGCCGCCCGGCGCCGCGCGUGUCGCUGCUCAACGAGCGGCACCGGUACGACGACGUGGAGUACGAGGAGGAGGCCCGGGCGGUGGACGAGGGCCUGGUCCGCAGGUGCACCGAGUGGCUGCGCGGCGUGGAGUCGGCGGCCGCCGCGCGCGACCUCGCGGGGCCCCUGGACACGCUGCCGCACCUGAGCACGCUGUGAGCCGGAGGGGGGGUGGGGGGUGGGGGCUUCCCGCGGACCCGAAGGGUGGCCCCCCCCCCCGCACCUGCGCCUGCCUCCUGGAUGCCCGUGAGCCUGGGGGUCCCCCACCCCCGCACCUGUGCCCACCCCCUGGAUGCCCGUGAGCAGGGGAAGGGAACUCCCCACCUCCUGGAAGCGUGGCCGCACCCUGUGAGCCUGCCCUCCCCCCACCCCCAACGCCCACGGCCACCCUCCGGCACCUCUGAACCCGCGGCACGCGGUGGGCAGGACCGGAUGCCCCUGGCUGACCGCGCGAAUGGCCUUUCCUCCGGGGCACCCUGGUGGCACACGCACAGCCUCGUCUGCCUUGCCUGGGCCCCUGUGAGCCCGGGGUGGAGGGGGGGCUAGCCUAGGACACGGCCUCCCUGACCCCCGGGCCCACGUCCUGGCCAGGGUCUGCCCGGUACCCCCAGCUGGGGCAGCCACCCUUUCCCUCUCCCACCCUGGUCGGCCCCACCCCCCAGGUGUUGCCUUCCGGAGCCUUCUGGCCUCCUCUUGGCCCCCCAGAUGCCUUUAGGGCUCAGGGUGAAAAUGCCUCCCGUUCCUCACCCCUAAGGUUCCCGUGGGUCCCAAAGACCCUCUGGCUGGGCCGGUGGUUUGUCUGUGUCACUCCCUGUGGACGACAGCCUGGGGGAGGGCACCCGUGAGGGUGGCUGGCUGUUUGCAGAGCUGGCCUUGGUGCCGCAUUUAUGAUUCCGUUUCUCCGAAACAGAGAACGCAUCUAGGGUUUGGGAAGCUGGGAAACUCAAGUUAACCUAAUUUUUAAGCUCGGAGGGGAGAAGGGUGGGAACACCAGCAGCUACUCCACCCGCUGAGCGAGGCCGAGGUUCGAAACUGCUCGUCCACACUGCAGGCCUCUGCCAGGGCCCUGUUGUGCCGCCCCGUGUCCUCUGCCAGCCGGGCCUGCCUGCCCACAUUGCCCCCACGCACAGUCACACGCAUGCUCACACACCCACGCCCACAGAGCUCUCUCACGAACACUUAGCUCCCGGGGGGCUGGGGGCCUCAGCCGGUCUGGCGUCCGACUUCCGCUCAGCUCACGAUCUCCCCUCUCGUGGGUUCCGGGCCCCGCGUCGGGCUCUGUGCCGACAGCUCCGAGCCUGGAACCUGCAUCGGAUUCUGUGUCUCCCUCUCUCUGCCCCUCCCCCUCUCUCAUAUAUAAAUAAACGUUAAACAUUUUUUAAAACCACGUUCCUGCUCACGUACCCACAUGCACACAGAGUCACGGCCACACACGCACACGCACAGACCCCAUCACGCACACAAGUGUGUCCCUGGAGCACAGCGUUGGGGAUGGACUUGAAAGGCCGGGACAAGAUGUGAGCGGGGGUGAAGGUCAGCUUCUGCUGAAGGUCGCUGUUUUUCCUGGAAGCACUACCUGCGAUGUGACUUCUGUGCUGCGGAAAGGCCGACCGCGGGGGGGGAGGGGAGAAGGCAAAAAGCCGUGUGCGGACAGACGGACGCAGAACAACAUGUUCCGGGCCAGGCGGGCAAUUCAUUUGAGGGAGGAAGUGGGGGGUCCCUGGGGGCAGAUGUUACGUUUCCAGCGGCUUUAAUCACCGGGUAAAAAUCGGUGACAUAGUGGCUUUAUACGAUUGUGUAUACUCAUUUUUUUAAAAGAGAAAAUCUCUGCCUAUUAUUUGAAUAAAGGGUUAAAACUCCUCGGCCUUUUGGGAGCCACCCAUACCCUUUCUUGCUAACUCCAGGCUGAUUUCUACACUCCCUCCAUGCAUCUGAUUAUACUUAACUCUAAGGUUGAGAAAGAGGGGGGAAAAAGUCGUAAUCAGAGAAGGCUGGUCAUAGAAGAGUAAUGUAUUACCUCACCUUUUGACUUGUGUGAAAGUCAGUAAGUAGUUGAAUGUUUAUCUCGUUGGGCUUUAAUGUGGGAAGUCUUAUUAUAUUUUACACUGAAGCCUUACAUUUUUAAAAGCCAGUGUUAUAUUGUGCUUGUGAUCUCUGCCCCACUCUCUCUGUCUCGCUCUCUCUCACUAGACACAAACCUAGUCAAACAGGAAGCGUUUAAUCCGGCAGGAGCGAGGUCAGCCAGCAGAGGAGUUUGCAAAGCCAAAGCCCCUCCCCACCGACUGGCUUGUCUUUUCCGACUCCUGCCUGGAUGCAUAGAGCUCAGUUGUCUUUCAUGGAAAAUGAACGCGUCAGCACCAGAGAGGCCCAGGUGGCAAUCCGGCUGAGGCGACACGGAGACGUGGCCGUGGACUCUCAGUCCGGGACGGAGCGCUGGUUCUGGACGUUAACCAGCCCCGGGAGUGAGCGUGAGUGGUGGUCCCGUGGGCAGGGUGCUAACUGCUCUCGAGUGUCCUCUGAGCAGAUACCAGGACUCGAGAGACCCAGGUUUCUGUUGAGUUCAGUAACGUUUUGAAGACUUUCGUAAAGUAGGUGACUUUUCGAAGCACCUUUCCGUGGCUGCCCAUGUGGGUGCGUGUCCCUCGUCCCGUCACGGUCACAGUGCAUGGGUCUCUGUGUGUCCCUGUUCUUUGUCUCUCCCUCUCCUCACCCUCUUCCUUCUCUGGGUCCCCUCCCCCCCGCCCCCGCCCCCGCCCGAGUUCUCUUGACCGGCCCCAGCCUGGUACUGUGCUCCUUCUUCCCAAUGGCAUUUGUCAAACAGAGUUUUGUGUGCCUUGUUCUUCACUGUGAAAGCAGGCGAGUGGAACGUUUAUGUUGCUCCGGCAGAUGACCCUCGAAGAGACGGAACUUCUACCUAUGACACUGGAUGUCUCGUCGUGUUGUUACGGACAUUUUGAGAAAGUUUUCGGAGUCACUGUGCUGCAAUUUCUUAAUGUUUAAAUAAAAGAGAAAUUCAA